AGUUUGAAAUACAGUUCGAAGACGCUGUCCGUCUAUCGCCAGUCUUCUGAAUAGGUAGAUCAAACGCGCUUUAGUCAACCGCGAGUUCUUGCGUUUGAUUACGUUCGAGAGUGUAUCGAAAAUGUCGGGCAAAUCGAAGAAAUUGCCAAGGAAUGCUGAAAAAACGUUGGACACUAAGGGAUUAUACAAGAAACCGGCGUUGGGUUUCGGUAACACGAGCAAGAUUAGAGCCAACACUACUCGCGAAGUGCAAGACGGGCGUAAAAAACACAGGUCGCAGCAGCUUGAGACAAACCGCGAAAUUAAGGACCAUAGCUCGUCGAUAUUAUCGCAAAACGAAAAUCAGAAGAAAUUAUCAGAGUGGAAAGCAAAGCGAGAGAAGGAAAAGAGUCAGGAGAAAUUGCAGAAGAGACCGCCGUUUAAGGUCGGGAUUGUUCAUCAUCGUGUUUAUUCUCCGAUUUCAUCCAUCAACACGGCAGUCGCGAACAUGAAAAAGAAAGUACAAGCAUAUACAAAACCUGUAGUUAAGAUGGGAAUCACGAAGGCCACGCAAAAGCGUCUGACUCAAAAAGCCGCGAACGUUACAAAAUCACCAUCUGCGGUUCUGAAAACUGAAAGUUUUCAGAAGUUAAAAGAUGAUAAGAUUAAGGUCAGCGUUAAAAAUGAUAAAUCGUUCGCUCCAUCUAAUCACAAAUUCAAACCACCCACCCUAGUGCCUUUAUUUGGAAAAGUACUGAUAGAAGACAAUUUGAAUCUCGAAAACGAUUUCUGCGGGCAGAACGAGGCAACGGAGAGCUUCAAUGAGGACGUCGCUUCGGAUACCAUUGAAGCGAUUAAGUUGCAGGUGUCGUCGGACGAGCGAGAGGUCUCGGACUGCUCGCAGGAGGAGCGAUCGAGUCAGGGGGAGAAAUCAACGUUGUGCGAAACGAGUGAUGCGAAGCAGUCGUCGGAGAUUUCUUCAAGUACAACGGAGAAAAAGAAAGACAGCGUGAAGGAGAUAAUUCUCGUAUUUAGUAACACUGAAAACAAUGUUCAAAUCGAGGAAAAAAAGAGUAGUUUAGAGAUUCAGCAAUCUUCGCGGUCGGAUAAGCUUUCAAGAUCGAAAGAGGCUGAGAUGAAAUGUUCGAACGUCUCGAGGGAAGAAGAGGAGUAUACUGUGCAGCACUUCAAAUAUUUGCUGUACACGGAAACAGAGAGGCUCCAGAAACUUUGCGAGGAGUGGACAGAGGUUCAGUCGCAGGACGACACCGUAGAGGAAGCCCGGUGCCUCAUCGGUCAGGCGAUCGGGCAGACGAGCUUGCUGCUAAAAGAGAAAUUCCAACAAUUUCGCGGCCUGGUGCUGGAUUGCGAGAAGGGUGGCAGCGUUUUCCCGGUCAGCUGCGCGGAUCUACACGGAUUUUGGGACCUAAUGUAUAUAGCAGUAAAAGACUGCGUCUCACGAUUCGCAAAACUGGAGAAACUUCGAGCCAGUAACUGGCAAGAGGAUGAAAUGGAACCGUCCCGCUUGAAAUCCGUCGCAAAGAAGAGGAGGAAGCUCGCAAAAAAAGGAGUCGUGCAGAGAAAGCAGAGUUUGCUCCGUGACUUUAUCUUGAUCGAGAAAAGGAAGAAGAAAGUAAGGGAGUUGCAAGAAAGGAAGACUAUGGAAACCGCGAGCUCGUGGCUGAUUUCAGAUACGCUCGACAAGUGCAUCACGCCUUCGAUGAACAACAGGAAGCCCAAAGCACCCAAGAAAAAAUUCGGUGGGUCGCAAAGCGAAAGGAUCCCCGGCAAGUAUUCGAAGAGCAUGUACACUUCGACACCGACGCACAACAGCAUCAACAUGAGAUCAUUUCACCGACUCAGCACUCCGCUCAUAACGAUGAAGAUAAACCAACUGUACAAUAAGUACACGCCCAAGUUGGAAGGUACUGUGCAACGUAAGGUCAUCAGUCUAACACCUAGAUUGGAUACAAUUAUGAAAUCUGACGACUCAAGGAAGAGUAUGAGUAUAAGAUCGACUCCUAGAUUUCGGCGGGACGACAGCUUGAUUUCGAAGGCAUUAUCUGACGAGGAAUUGGCGAACAUUAGUGGAGAGUUCGAGACCGAGCGAGACGUGGGAAGUUCGUUGAAGAAAGUGGACAAUGCCAACGUCAGCAAGCCACAUUCGGUCGAGCGCAUUCGCACUGAAGAGCAGUCGAGUUAUUACAGUCCGUCCGAAGGAGAUUCUACCCUUAAGUGGUAUCCACCCUUGAACGAGACGGUGAGAGCUGAAGGGAAGAACGACACUUCCGCGUUGUCCCUGCACGACUUCAAAGACGUUAGCUUGUCGGGACACAUUUCCAAUAGAUCUCGCAGGGAUUCGAGCGAGAAAUCACUCGUGAGGAGCGUGAAGAGUCAGACCACGUGUGAGAAUGCCGAAACUCCUUGUGCAACUCAAUCUAUAGAGAACGAGAAUAUUUUCUCUACGCCGCACACCGCCAGAAACUUCUCGUCUGAAAAGUUCACGUUAGAUAGGACGGACAUGUUAAAGAAUCAGGAGACGAGCAUAAAAAUACUUAGGAAUAGAUCCAUUAGCAUCAUCAAUACUCCUAAGAUUAGUAGGAGAAAAAAAAUGAUAUCCACUGAUAAGGAAAAUACUGUUCAAUCUGAGGGCAGAAGUUCUGCAAAACCGAAGAAACAUUCUACAAGGGACGGGACACCAAACGUUCGCGACAUUAAUGAAAAAAUGCCAGUGAAAGUAGCGAGAAAUAAUUCUGUAGCUUCAAUCUAACGUUGAAUCCUGACUUCGUGAAUCAUCGUGGAGCUUAUGGCGCUGUAUUUUCAAGCGCAACAAGAUUCGAUUUGGGAGACUCCAGCGGAUAAAGAGAGCUAGUUACAUCAUGGAAUCACAUUCCGAGUAAUCCCGUUCCUAUUAAUAUUUAUAAUAGUUAUAGUGUAUAUAUAAUAGUUAUAGUCAUAGUGUAGUGCAAGUGCGCAGUUUUAAAUCUUCAGACAAAAUGAUAAGAUUUUAUCCAAACGACACCGAUAUCGUUACACGCUCUCGGCAAUUGUAGCAACGACGGAUGUAAAGAGGCGAUGGUUUAUUUAAUCUUUUCCCAAAUAUUUUCGAUACAGUUCACACACAAAUAUAUACAGACGUUACUGAGCA